GCAUACUUGAGCCCUAUGAACAGGCACAUUACAGCCACCUUCAUGAUUGGCUGAACCACAAAUGGGACUUCAUUGUCAUGCAAGCUACUGAACAGUACAAGGCUAGUAGAGACAGGAACAAGUCAGACCGAGUAGUCCUUGACUGCCAAGAAAGGGCUUACUGGAUAGUAAACAGACCUCCGGUCAGUUUUUUUUUUUUUUUUUGUGUGUGUGUUGGUUUAAAUGUAGGUUAUGUCAGAAUCAGAAUGCCUUAUUUGUCAUUGUACAGAGCACAAUGAAAUUUGUUUCAGUACAACCCAUCCAAGAGAGACAAAAGAAAAACAUACAUGGGGGACAGGUGCCUGAGUCUGCAGCCAUUGAAAGGCAUUGCCCUUGCAAUUGGAAAAAAGAAGUAUAGCAAACAUGAUGGGUAGCUGAGGGAUAAAAAAUAUCAUAUCUCAUAGUGUGUCUGCAGGACACAAGGUGAUGCAUAC